UUUCUUUCAUUCAAAUCAUCAUUCUAAUCAUGAAAAGACGCAGUAAAAAAGACGACGGACUGAGUUUGACGUCGACUAUCAAAACACACUCCAUAUUAGGUGAUGUAUGGGUUCCAAUUUAUGAAACUCCUGUUGAAUUCAGUAGCAGCCAUUUUGAAACAGCCAUGUUAAAUAUCAUUAAACAGCCGAAUAUCAACUCCACUGUGAUUAUGAGAGCAGAUAUUUUGAAGGAAAACAUAUAUGAUCCAGAAAAGGGUGAUACCAUGUUCGUUAGUAAAAAUAUAAAAACAUUGCCCCUGUUUCCUGAUCAAGAUGAAUCUGAUACAUUAUUAUAUCGAAAUUAUGAUGAUGUAGAGUUGAGACAUAUUCCGUUGGAUGACAGUGCCAUUAAAUUCAAACCUAAAUGCCAAGUCGUGAGGAGGGUGAUACCACGUAACCCUUUCAAAGAUUAUAUCAUCAACCAGACGUCCGUCAUCUUAAGUGAUGAUUCCAAUAGAUCAUUAAUGGUCGUUUACAUUCCUCAUAUUGAGAAGGAAGAUGAGACCCCAUUUUAUCUUCCUCCCGUACAUGGAAUUGCCAUACUUUUCCAUGAUGACAAACUUUCCAUCCACUACUUGCCAUUCAACUACACAGACCCAUCUGAAAGGUCGAAACUUAGAACGUUGGAUCCUAAUGAGCGUUCUAUUCGGAUUGCUAUGAGAUUGCUUCUAACAUCUAGAAAACACUCUCAGGGUUCUAAAGAUGGAUAUGAGAAGCGUGUGGUCCACGACUUGGUGGUACCCAAAGAAGCAUUUCAAAAUCGGUACAUUAGCUUGAAGAAAAAGUACUCGUCGGCAUUGGUGAACAGUUGGGCAGAGAAAACUGAUCCCAAGAAGCAUGUUUUUGAAGAUUUGGCUAUCGCAGCGUUUUUGAUAGAACUCUGGAAGUUGAAAUAUGAUGGAAGGCCUUUCGAAUUUAUGGACCUUGGAUGUGGAAAUGGAUUAUUGGUGUACAUAUUGCAUAUGGAAGGAUAUAAGGGAAGAGGUAUAGAUGCAAGAGCCAGAAAGUCUUGGAUUACUUAUCCAGCUGAAACUCAAGAGUGUCUAGAAGAAAAGAUCAUUAUUCCACAUGUUCUUUUGAAGUCGAAUACUCAAAAGGAUAAAUACUUCCAGAUUCCAGAUUCCCACGACCCAACUCUCAUGACUUACCACUCUUCUUCCAAGCUUAUGGCUUCAAAAAAUGUAUGCAUCACCAAUGAGUUCAAGGAAAAUACCUUUAUAAUCGGUAAUCAUUCGGAUGAAUUGACCUGUUGGAUUCCUUUGUUAGGUUAUUCAUUUCUCGUGAUUCCAUGUUGCUCUCAUUCGUUAUCUGGAGCCAAAAAGAGAUACACUCCGAAGAGCUCUGGAGCUUUAUCAACGUAUGGAGCGUUAGUUGAACAUGUGGAAGAGUUGUCCAAAACUAUGGGCUGGAUAGUUGAGAAAGAAAGCUUGAGAAUCCCCAGCACCAGAAAUGCAGCUGUCAUUGGGUUUAAUAAGCAUUCCAAAUACAAAGAUGAUACUCAAGAAACGUUUGAUUCACGAGUCAUGGAUGUCGCUAAUAGAGAGAAAAAUUUAGACUCGUGGGUUGAGAACUCCAUUAGUUUGAUGAAGAAAGCCCCCAGAGAUCACUAACAGAGGGCAUAGACAUUAUCAUAGAAGAGUAGUUAGUAUAAACAUAGAUCGUAAUUGGUUG